AUGAUCCACAAAAUGCCCUUCGCAAAGUGCGAGGCUAGAAGAGUUGUCAGGAGGCAGCGGAUGGAGCAGGCCCGGGGAGGUGUAUAUGGGGUUGGGGACCCAUGGCCCAGCAGCCGCGUGGAGGAGGCCAGGCUAGGCCAGGCCUGUGGGGGCUUCUUUCUCCAGGAACAUCCGAGUCUGAGUAGGAAACACACAGCCAAGGUGGGCAUAAGCCAGCAGCCGGGAGGCACCUCUGCAGUCCCUGGGGAGGCUCCUGAGGAAGGACCAUUAGGCCCAGGACCAUUAUCCCAGGGCCUGCCACCCUCAACCACUAGCCCCCCUGGGGGGAGAGGGCCCUCACAUGACCCUGCCUCUCCCCUCUUUGAUUUUGAAGCCUAUUAUAGUGACAUCCAAGAAGCCAUACCAUCCAGAGGAAGACAGCCAGGUUCAAGGCAAAGCUUAGUAGGCCGAGCUCAGCUCUACCUGACCAUCAACCGCACCCCAAGCAAUGUGGCCUGCCAGGUGCAGCCCCACCAGGGCCUGGAGGCGCACACUAUCUUUAGUGUCUUCUGCAUGUCAGGACGCCCGGAUUUCCUCUACAAAUUCAGUUACCAGAUAGGAAAUGUCUCCAAACACACUUUGUACUAUGGGAGAGAUGCCCAGCUCUAUUUUGCAUUGCCAGCUGGGGAGCCCUCGGAUGGUUACAAAGUGCUGGUUUCUACCGAGAUCACAGACCGCGAGGGCUCCAAGGCACGGCCGUGUGCCGUGGCAGUAACCGUGCUGCCCCGUUACCGUGGCGAUGACUGCCCUGCUGGCGAGGAGUUAUAUAAUUCCAGCCUGAAAAAUCUGGCUACCCUCCAGCUGAUGGGGAGUUACGCAGAAGUCAGGAAUUACAUCACUAUGAUCGCCAGCAUCCUAAGUCGUUUGACUAAGGAGGACAGAAGUGACUCAUGCAGCCAGUGGUCACAAAUACAAGAUGCACUAAUUUCUUCAGUAUGCAGAUUAGCUUUUGCAGAUCAGGAUGAAAUGACCGAUUCUGUUCUCAUGUUGAAGGGCCUCAUAAACUCCCCUAACAAGUUGAGCUUUGACAGUGCAGUUCUCAUCCUCAAGUACAGCCGGACACUCCUUGCUCCUGGCCAGUUAUCGGGGAGGUGUGUGGUUGACAAAGGACUGAGGCUUGAGCUCAUCCUUCUUAUAGCCAGAGUCUGGGAAGCCUCUGAACAAGAAAAAUCGAGGGAAGAGGACUAUCUUCGAGAAGAAGGAAUUGAAAUUAUCUCAAAUUUAUUGCUAAGCUGUCUCUCUUCGCACCCCGAGCGCCGGCUCUAUGUUCGCACUGGGAGAAUGGAAUUCUGGACCCUCCUUCAUCAGAACUUUCAGAGCUCCGUUCAGAACCUGAGCUCCAUCCAGGUGCAUCUACCUGGUGAUCUCACCGGGCACAGUCCCGAGGAGGUGAAAACACAGAGCCCGUGCUACAUUAGCCGGCUCAUUCUCUUCAAGAAGAACCCAUAUCCCGGGAGGCAAGCUGCUGGGCAGAUCGAUGGUGUAGUAAGGCUCACCAUCUUCAGCUGCUCCAGCAGAAGACCCAUCAACAGACAACGGCUGAAGACGCGUGUGAUUGUCGAGUCUGGGGAGGAAGACGACAGAGAUAAUAGCAAAAAUAAAACAACAUUUUCAUUGCUUCGGGAGAAAGUGAAUUUCCACCAGUUCAUUGGCCUUUCUGAAAACUCCCAGGAGUCUCUGCAGAUAAGAAUCAAGUUUUCGAAGCCCAAUGUGAAAGCAUUUCCCAUCAUGUUGCUCGUAAGAUUCUUUAAGAAGCCUACUCCCUCUAAUUUUUUGGUGAAACAGAUCUAUUCCUGGGAUGAGCAGACUGUAUACAUUUCUGUACCUGCUGUUUCAUGGAAAGAUGCCGAUGUGGGCUAUUUAUCCUUACUAGAUGCUGACUAUGACAGAACACCUCCGAACAAACAUUUGGCUGAGACAGUGAACUACACAGUACAUUUCCAGUGGACCCGCUGCCUGUUCUGGGAACAGAGAGAGUGGAAGUCUGGAAGCUUCCCUCCCCAACCAGGAAGUUCUCCAGGAAGAGUGAGCUGCAGCUACGACCGCCUCACUGCAUUCUCUGUCCUGAGGAGAGGGCUGAAUGCCAGUGUUGAAGUGAGCGACAUUGCCACAUUACGGAGACACCCGCAAAACCUGUUUCCCAGUGUCUUUGUCAUGGUUUCUGUGAUUGUGUAUGGACUGCUGGUUAUUAAAUGCAGACAUGCCGAUCGCCAUGAAGAAAAGAAAACCGGGUACAUUUUCCUGCAUGGAGAUGCACUGCCCGACCGCCAGCUCUACGCAGUGGUUGUAGACACAGGCUUCCGGACUCCGGCACGGCUCACCUCCAAGGGUGUUGAGGGUGGCACCGAGAAUGGCAGUGGUGAUUUGACUGUCCACCUGUCAGCUGUCACUGUUGACCCCAUCUAG